GGGCCGCGCCGGGUAGUGAUUCUCGGCUGUCCUUGCGGCGGCUCUGGCUCGACGAGCCUUUCGUCAGCUCCACGGGGACCUCUGUGCACGGAUGGACCCGCCCGGACUCGGCGGGAAGCGGCCUGGCAGGCGGCGGGCCCGGCGGCGGCAGCAAAGGCAGGACAGGGCCACAGCCACGGGCCGCUGAGACGUGCGGGCCCAGUGGGCCCGGCGGCGGCACCAUGAUGCCGGGCGAGACCCGUUCGGCGGCGCCCGGGAUGGCGGCGGACCUCUCGCGGUGUCAGGGCUGCGCGUCCCUGCAGCAGAAUUUAAAUGAAUAUGUUGAUGCAUUAAUUACCUUGAAGCAAAAGAUUAUUAAUACAGAUAAUUUGUUAACAGAAUAUCAGAAGAAAUGUGAUGAGCUGCAGUUUGCAAGAAGAGAGAAUAGCACCCUGCAUCAUCAAGUGGAACAGAUGCUCCAAAAGAUUUCUCCCCUGCAGAAAUGUCAGGAAGAGCUGGGGUCUUUAAAAGCAGAGCUAGAAGAGAAAAAGAGCUCUCUUAAGUUAUAUCAGGAAACUCAUCAGGAAUAUGCUCGUGUAAAAGAAGAAUGCUUGAAAAGUGAUGCUCAGAAGAAGAAACUAGAAGCCAAGGUGAAGAAGCUGGAAGAGGCUGCUUUCAAGCAAAUUCAGGACUUCAAGCAACUGAGGAAUGAAAAGAAAGUACUUGAAAAGGAAUUUAAGAAGACACAGGAAAGACUUGAUGAAUUUUCUAAACAGAAAAAUGAAAAGGAGUUGAGACAUAUUGGAACACAAAUUUCAAGUGAUUCAUACGGAAGCAUAGAUAAAAGAAAAGUCAAACUGCUGCUGAAGGAACUCUGGCUGUGCAUCAACACCACUCACAGACUGCCGGGCGAAGGCAGUAAACACAGCCCAGAGAAAUCUGCCAAAGACAACGGAUGUAGAGAGUCCAUAGAAGAUGACACAUUCUCUCCUGUACCGAGCAGUCCCCCGAGAAGUUCAGACGUGCAGGCGUGCUUAGCAGAGUUGUCCAUGGAGAUCGGUGGUGAUUUUUCCGCAAGUAAAAAUGUGGACAAAGAGAUGCCCAGUGGACCCAGUUACGGGAACGAGGACAGAAAUCCUGAGUCUGUAAUGCCAUGUCAAAAUGAUGAUGAGAGCAUUGACUUUUCUGAUCACGACCCUUUUUUUGAUGAAGACCUUCAAGCUGCAAUGGACUUCUUCAGACGUCCCCCUCCUCUUUUGUCUCCGGUGCCGUCACCCCCUCUGAUGUCGUCACCACACCUGGGGCCCGCACCUUCCUCGCUUGCACUUGAAACCUGCUUUGGUGAGUGUACAGAGUCCAGCGAAGAUGACUCAGCUCAGCAUCGUAAUUCCGCUGAACCUGUUUUAGAAGAUGAUACAGCUGAAUCACAGAACUAUUUUGGCUCAUUCAUGGGAAAUGAAGGAAGCACCACCCUGUUCAAACAGCCCACACCACACGAUGCUUUCCAAGCUCCAAACACGUCAGGAGUAAAUGAAGCCACAACUGUUCCACUCAGGACCUUGACACCAGGGCUGCAAGAACAUCCAACCACACACUCUUUGGCUAGUGAAGAACACCCGACCACGUCAUUGCAACUCAUGAAUGUUAAAAAUGGAGGUAUUUCAGAUGACACAAAAAGACAAACUGAGGUUAGAGAGGUGGAUAAGUCUGUUCAGACUGAGGAAGCGGUCGAUGAGCCGCCUGGAGCUCUGGGCGUCGGGAAGUUAUCUGGCAGCUCAGCGGCCACUGGGCGGUCAGCAUUGUGUUUCUCCCCCCUUAGCAAGAGGCCGUUAAGUGAACUCCUGGAAUCUGGAACGCUCUUAUCCAAAAUAAUAGGAUCACCCAAGUCAGAGCUUACUAGGCGAACACUUGCUGAUGAAAUCGCUUCUAAAUCAAAGCGUGCACGGACAAUUUCUGAGCUCUUCCGCCGAGUGUGCAGAGAAAUGGAAAAGGAAAGAGGAGGCCUGCGAGGGCUCCUUUUAGGAGAAUUAUCCGAAUCAGAAGAAGAAACCCCAGGUGACUCUGUGCUCGCAGCAGGGCUCGAUGUUGACGCUGGUUUUUCAUCCUCUUCUACCUCUGGAGCAUUGUCGGUUUGCAGUGGUCCCCCGUCUUCCUCUGGGUUACAGUAUGAUAACGAUACACGUAGUCCACCCAGAAGAGUCUGUACUGAAGUGCCUCAUUCAGAACAAAGACCAGCCUUUGCAGCAUCCAGCCUCUUUAGUCUGCAAUCUGAGGUUGCACCCGAGCGCUCUGUAGGCGGAAACGAGCUGGAGAAGAGCUUGCGUGCUUUGCACCCUGAGUUGGGAGCAUUUAAUUUCAAUAAUCGGAGUAGCAGUGAGGUAGAAUGUACAAAAAUUGUAAAAGGCGUGACCAAAAUCUACUCACUGCCUCAGUCAGUAUUUAUGAAGUCUACAAAAGACGGACAGGGUGAAAGCAAAGGUCCUAGAACCGACCCCGCGCUAGACAAGUCAGGCGUCACACCUUCAGUGAGUUCUCAGGGUGACUUGGUCACGAGUGGCUUUGGUUUUGUUAAAAGCUCUUCAUGGCACCAUAGUGAUUUAUUGAGGAGAAAUGAGCAAGGAAGCCUAAGAGCUGAAUGGAAACACGAACAAGAGACUAGCCAUCAGGUAGGAAAGGCAAUGCCGUUGUUAGAAAACAGAGGAUCGGCACCCGGACUUGAACCGCCUACAGAAAAUAACAGUCCUGUACAGUUCAAGGCUGCUUCGUUGCUGCCCAAUCAAGUGUCGGUUAUCACAAAGCAGGUGAAACCUGAAAAGAUCCGAAGUGCUGCAUUGGAACGCUUCAGACUGCAGGAGAGCGAGCCUGCAUUAGCAACAGAAAAUCUUCGUCCUGGAACCGAUCCCAUGGCAUCUACAUUGAAACAUGGUGGGGACAGACAGGAUGAAACACAAAUGGUCAGCGAGGUGGCUGCUACGAAAAGGACUUCACCAGAAGUUUCCCCUUCUCAGAGACAGUUAGAUUCAGAUUCUCCAAGUACUGUUUUACCGGUAGAAAAUUUUCCUUGUUCCACAAAUAGUCGAUUAACUUUCUCUUUUAAAAACAUCCCAGUUCAACACCAAGAUGUUGUGACGGAAGCUUCUGCCCAGGAGGAGCGGCAAAAGCAAAGUCAGCCCCUCCCUACCACAAAUCUGGAAGCCGAUAAACUUCCAGCCACAAAAGUCAUCGCAUCAGGAGUCUGUCCCUCUGAGGAAGCACCCCGUGGAGACCCAGGAGGGUCUGCCUGUGAGGCCCAAGCUGCUGCAGGUGGCUCUCCGGGCACACCGCAGAAGUCUAAGGGGACUUUGGAGCUGACAUCCAGAGCUCCCAGUGGUCCUGUUUUGGAAGGUUCUGCCACCACGGUUACCACUUCUUCCUCAGCGUUUUGCAGAAAAGAUGAAGAGGUGCGUGCUCUUACCCAGAAUAGACUUCCUGAUACUGUGUAUUGCUACACAGGCCUUCGAGAGGGGGUUGCGGAUGACACUGAGGUAGAGGAGAGUGAGGCCUUCAGCUGCAGUGAGGGUGAAAAUGAGAGUGGACCUGUGGUGGGGGGUGGCCAGCAGGACAUCGCGGACAGACCCCUAACCGAUUCAGACACAAAUGCUGGCGCACCAGAGACAAGGCCUUCCAUAGAGGUGGGUCAUCUGACCUCCGCUCUGCAGGGUGUGGACAUAAACGCUCUUUCUGAGAUAGACAGACUUUCUACAUCGGAGGUCGUCAGGUUCCUUGAAAGUUGUCAGUUAAGGGACAGUAGUUCAGGGGACUCCCUUUCUGAAUGUUCUAGCAGAGAGGCCUUGAGUAAGGAAACGAGCAAAGAGCUGAAGGAAAGUGCAGUGUCAGGAGAAGAGUGCAGGAAGCAGCCUUGUGAAGAAGAAACACUGGAAACCUCUGAAGAGUCAGUCUUGUUGGAGGAAGACGAUUACCCUUUGGGAAAGACGAGUCCACUUCCUGAGUGUUCUUUGGAAACACUGUCUGAGGUUCUUACCAAGAUUGGGCCAGAACCUCAAGCACAUUGUGAGGAUUCUGAUGCUAAAAGUACUAAGGAUUUAUUGCCCGUAAAUAUGCCUAACAGCAUGACAACUGAAAAUUUAGAAGAAAAAGUUCUAUCUCACGAAACAGCUAACUCCUUACCAUACACUUUAGAACUACCACCUCUAACAGACGUGGACACUAAAAGCAGUCCUCCCAUCGGUGAUGGACCUAUUGAUGAAACCCUUCAAAGCACACCUGAGGAUGGUUCAAAUGUAGCUGGGCAGGUGGAGGGUAGGGAAGAUGUCCUGUUGAAAUCCGGGGAACCAGUAUCUCUGGGCUCCAGCUCGAUAGUGGAGCAGGCAUCUGAGCAAAGCUCUAACGGAGAGGCUGAGUUGGCAUUUCAGUGUCAGAUAUCGACAGUCACCUCAGAAGUUAUCAACGUGCUCAUAAAUAAGGACCAAAAUCUAGUGAUUGAAAAGGGGGACAACUGGACAAUCAUAAAUGGUGUGGCGGUCAUGCCAAGCGUGGACCAGGUCAUACUGUGUGACUCCCCAGAGGACACCCAGAUUACUCUGGAUCAAGAAGAACUGGAAGCUGGUUUUAUUGCGGUUACUUCCGCAGAGAAGUCCCCAGAAGCCCCUCGGACGGGCUGUCCGUUCCAGGAGCCUCAGUGUGGCAGUCAUCCUUCACACACCCCAGAGGAUGCUCCAAGCAGUGGCCUGAGCACCAACUUUGAUAAAAGCCGUCUGCGGAAUAGACCCGUGAAACCUAGUGUGCGGAUUAGUUCUCAGAUAUACAGCCAAGAUUUUGAGUGUCAGAUUGUUGCAUCUGAUCACACAUAUUAUAACUCAAAACUUGAGCCGUGUGGCAAAAAUAAAAAUCGAUCAAAAACUUCAAACAAAGAUCAAUCAGCCAAACCAGGAAAGACUUCAGCAUCAAGCAGAGUUGAAAGUAAUCAAAGUGAAAUUUCUCAGUCAUUUUCAGGGGAAAGAGGUAAUGCGAAAACUCAGAGAAGUCAAACCCAAACCAUCCUAGCCAACGCUGAUACAUCUACCCCUCCAGAAUGUUCCACUGACACGCUGAGUAAGAUUCGGCAGGAGGUGGGUCCUCCUCUGCCCCCUCUCCUUGCCCCUCUGAUAGCUACACCUCCCAGGACCCUGCGGCCGGUUUCUCCUCUGAUGUCCAGCUGCAGCCCUUCCUCUCCAGCUUCUCCUCUCCGCCAGGUUUCUCCGUUUUGUGACAUACUAGCGUCUCCUUUGCCGUCGCCUCCGCCGGAAGAUGCAGGGCUCACCCCUCCUGCCUGUGCUUCUCCAUCUCCAUCCACUGCGCCAGCGAGUGAGAGGGUACUGUCCUCCCCUCUGCAGUUUUGUGCUGCCACACCAAAGCACGCGCUUCCUGUGCCUGGCCGACUCCCCCUACUGGCACCUGGCCAUACUGCUGUGGCAGGUGCACAGGAGAAUUCUGUUAAAAUCCUCGACACCAUGUACCCAGAGUUAUCUGCCAGGGCCCGGACCCUCAGCAUCCUCAAAGGGAACAUUCAGCUCAACAGAGGUCCGCCUGCUGACCGUAAGAGUUUACCAGGGCCUGUCAGUGCCAUCACGGGAUUCAAAGCCAUCACCUCAAUGUCAACUGCUUUUGUGAAGACUCGGGGCAAUGCUGGUAGUGACUGUACCCAAGAUAAGUCAAGAGAUUUAGGUGCUCAGCAGGACUCUAGUGGGAAGAGGACGUUGUCAACGUCUACCUUACGGAGUGCUAAACGAUUACGCCUGGACACUGGGUCCUCAGAAUCAGAAACCAGGGAAGGUGGGACAGAAGGAAUUGGCAGAAGCCUGCGAAGGAACUUCCCUCAAGCUGAAGUUGUACCAGCAAAUGGGCAAAGAAGUUGUUUUGUCCCAGCUGCCAAUACAGUUUCUCAAUUACCUUCAAACCCGAAAGAAACUGUGGAAUCCCACGAUAAAACCAUAGCUAACGCGCUGAAGAAAAUUGCAGAGUCGUCCUUUGAUUUGUUACCUGUCAUUCGUAGCCAUGUAUAUGUGGGGAAUAUCUCCAAAAAGCCUGUCAUGAGAGAUCAAGAGAAAGAAGUGGUUUAUGAAUUUAGCACAACAAAAAAGCAUCUGGCAGAGUGCCUGCUUCACUCCAUCCUCUCAGAACUGAACGUUCAGAAGACAUCCACAGAAGAUCACAAUUACAUCCAUGCCCUCUGCAGAGUGUAUGUGGGGAUUUGUCGCCAACUCGGAGACCUGGAAAGAGCUCGCCUGUUUUGCUACAGCAUACUUAAGGAAGAUUUUCCUGAGUCUGACAAAUUGACUUUAUUUAUUGCAAACAUGUGGCAUGAUGUAUUUAUCUCCCAAUCAGUGAUUAAUAAAGCCAUGCAGUUAGUUGCCAGGCAACGUGCUAAAGGAGAGGUUCUGAACUGUUUGAGAGCUUUUCUCAAUUGGGAGAAGAGUGCUCCUGUAGAUGUUGGCUUCAUGGUUUCUAAGCUGCUUUUGACAAUACAGUUGUGUCCAAAAACAGAAUUUCAGUCGAGUGAGAAGUUUGGUGAAGACCUGAGUGAUAAUACAUGGGAAUACAUAUUUGCCAUUGAUCUGCUCUGCUGCCAUCAGAAGUGGAUUUGGACACAUGACAACAUCAUAAGCAAGGAGCUGUGGCCUGUAAUGGACAAAUGGAUAAAGUACAGAAAAGGCCACGUGAACAUCGGCCACACCCCUGAUGUUAUUAUCGCGUCAGUGCUGAGGCUCAUCGGUCGUUUAGGCCAGCUGGGUUUGAAGGAAGGGUUUCCAUCUGCUGUGAAGAAUAUCAGUGCAGUUAUUGGGAUGUUCAUACAACAUGCUCAGGAUGAAGAUAUACCGUGGGGCGUACAGUUAGCUGCUGUCUAUGCGCUUUGUGACUUGAGUCCCAGCAAUCCCACAGAAAUAUCCAAGAUCCUGGAAGCCUGGCGGAAGGAGGCCUCCCAGAGCGUCCCAGCUGCGAUCGUUAGCUAUCUGGAGGAAGCUGGAGCAUUAUGCAUGGAAGAGCACAGCUAGGCCCAGGGGUGUCCCUGUGCCCCGAGAAGUGCCUUCACAGCAUCUGAAUGCCCACACAUCACUGAGCUCUCAGAUCUAAACAAAGGUUUGAAAAGAAAGGCAUAAAAGAGAAAACACCA